UUUUACAAAAUGUUGGUGUCAAACCAUUUUAAUUCUUAACUUUGAUUCAAACAAAUUAUUCAGUGAGAUCAUUUCAAUCUUACAUUUUAAGAAAAAAUAUGUUCUAAUUUGCAUAAAUUCAGGGAUGCAUCUAAGCUCCUCCUCCUAAAUCCCUCAUUCGCCACUCCACAUCUGGCUUCUAUGAGAAAAUGUUCCAAUCUUGAAUUGCCAAAGUCUUAAGUGGAAUGUAAAAAGGGGGAGUGGGAGAAUGAAAGUGAGGAAAAGAGAAAGGAAAACAACAUAAUACAGCAACAAAAGGAGACAAAGAACCCUUCUGCAAGAAGGAUAAACAGGCUGAACACUGAGAAAAAUUUACUUUAACAACCAACCAGGAAAGAAGAAUGAGCAACUAACGAAAAGUAAAGGAACGAAAAGAUAAUCUUCUGGAAAAAUUUUCCCUGCUGAUACAGCAGUUGGUCAAAGUAUGGCACUGUGUCCCUUCUGCAGGACAGCAUCAGGACUAGUGAAAAUAGCCAGAAUUCAAAUCCUUCUUGGCUGUUUUGUACUUUGUCUUAUCAUCUACUUCCUCAAUGCAUAUAAAGUUUCAAGCGGUGUUAAAUCCGUGGGAAUGGAAAGAACAAGAAUGGUGAAGGAUAUGACUGUAGUCAAGGCUGCACAACCACAAACUCCUCUAGUGACACCAUGGGGGGCUCCCUUAGUGUGGGGUGACAUCCAUAAAUCCUCAUGGAGAAGGGACAAACUCGUGGAAAAGGGAAUCCACAUUGGCCUUUUGGUGCUGGUGGUGGGAACCUAUGCCCAGUUUGUGCACCGUUUCCUCUCCUCAGCUGAAACUUACUUUCUUCCAGAUCAGAUGAUCACAUAUUACAUUCUCACGGACAAUCCCCGCUCCCUUGAUCCUGCAAUCGAGCUUGGGCUCGAGCGACAGAUAAAAGUGAUUCCAAUUGCCGAGGUGCCUGGGUGGGACAGGUUAUACCAUCGCAGAAUGGCUCUUGUGGCCGACACCAUCAAAAAUACGGCUCGCAGCGAGGUUGAAUACAUCUUCUGUGCUGAUGUUGACCAAGCAUUUGUUGGCCCAGUGGGGGAAGAAAUCCUUGGAGACCUGGUGGCUACAUUACACCCAGAACUCUUUGGGAUGCCUCGAAGCUCAUUCCCUUAUGAGGCCACAGAGGAAUCAUCUGCUUACGUAGAGGAGAAUGAAGGGGACUACUACUAUUCAUCUGAGCUGUAUGGUGGAUUGGUAUCUGAGGUGUACAAACUGGCUCGCAUGUGCUCUUUGCUCAUUCUUCAGGACAGAGCAAAUAAAGUAACACCUAGAGGCCUGGAGGAAAGCUACCUGAACCGUUAUCUGAUCGACCACAGGCCAACCCGCGUGCUGUCCCCAGAGUACAGCUGGUGGGACUCGACCCUAGCUGGUCGUGUUCCUCGUCAGAGACUAAUAUCUAUAGGAAGACAAUGUGAGGCUUAUGACAUCCAGAUGAAAGAGCAACACAAAUGCUAAGCAAAAACAAACUCAGCUGUAGAGGGAUUCUCCAGCAAAUCAUUGAUUGGGUAGGGAAACCAAAACAGACAGCAGAUGAAGAGACAAGAUAGUAAAGAUCUUGAUGACAUUCACAGCUUUCAUCAGAUUUUAAGUACAACCUCACAAAGGCAACCUCGACAGUGUGCAGCGAAUUAAAGACCAUUUGUGGUCGGCAGCGCCUUUGUCUCUCUGCAGCCUCUCCUUAGCCUGUCUCUUUAAACAAAGCACUGUCCUCUCCAUUAAUGUCAGCCUCAGAGAUAUUGUCCCAGCAGCUUUGUGGUCAACAGCGAUAAGAGUAAACAGUGUAAGUGCACACUCUCCUCACAGUGACCAAUCAUUAACUAGAAGAGCUGCUAUUUCGAGGUCUUUAAAGACCAGGUGGGUGAAAGCAGAAGCAACAUCAUGUCGUCUGUGUCUGCCAGGUCUCAAAUGCCCCUGAAAUUAAACAAAAAUCAAAUUAAACCUGUGUCAUAACCUAGCUGGAAUAAAACGUAAUGUCAGUUAAGUGGACUUUGGUUGUUAC